CAAAAACAAAAAAAAAUAAAAUCGUAAGAGGUUAGGGCGUGUAGUUUUAACCUUUUUGAUUAGCAUUUUUGUCUAAAUUAGUCUAAAACUUUAUUUAUAACGACAUUUACAUUCUUAGUAGCAAGUGAAAUCGUAAGAAGCGUGAAUUUGAUUAUAUAACAGUGUUAUUUUUAGUUGUUCAUGAUGGCAACUGCAUAUGGCAUUCAUUUGGGCAAUAGCUCGGCAUCUUUGGCCUCCUACGCGAACGGAGCAGCGUCAGUCAUCGCCAACGACGCUGGAGAUCGCACCACACCUGCAAUCAUCGCCCUAAAUGGCUCUGAAUGGGAAAUUGGACUACCAGCUAAAUCUGGACAACCAAAUUCAAAGUCCGUCAUAAAACACAAUAAACGCCUUAUGAACAGUGAUUUCACUGAAGAUGACCUGGCUUAUGUAGAGUCCUCGUCUUCCUGUCGCAUACAGAAUGAUGAUAAACUAGUGUAUGAGUUUGAAACAAGUGAAACCACACUAUACUCUAGCCCUGAUAAUAUUGCGACCAAGAUUUACGCGAAAUUGUUCACUAUUGCUAGCCACGCAGGACAUAAUGAGGGAGAUUUGAAACUAGUAUUAGCAGCUCCUCUGCACUGGACCAAUGCAAGUCGUGACCGCAUGGUGAAAUGUGCUGAAUUAGCAGGUUUCGAUGUCCUUCAGGUUAUCAGUGAACCCGCUGCUGCUUUACUAGCUUACAACAUUGAAGACACCACUGAGGAUAUCAAUGUACUUGUAUACAGACUUGGUGGAUCAACUUGUGAUGCUUCCAUUGUCAAAGUUUCAGGUGGAUUCAUGAGUGUAGAAAAAAAUAUAUUCCGUUCUGAUUUGGGAGGCCAAUGUCUUACGAAGGACUUGGCUGAUUAUAUUGCACAGGAAUUUAAACAAAAAUGGAAGUUGGAUCCUCACGAAAGUCGUAGGGCUAUGGCUAAACUCCUACAUCAUGCUGAUAACUGCAAAAAUGUGCUUUCGACUUUGAAUUCAGCACAUGUAUUUAUUGAAUCCUUACUGGAUGGAGUCGAUUGGAGUCAGAAUGUAUCAAGAGCGAGAUUCGAAAAUAUAAUUUCAUCAAAGAUAUCAGCUUACAUUGAACCAGCUCAGAAGAUUCUUGAAGGAUUUGAGGGUAAAAUCAGCAAGAUAGUUCUCUGUGGUGGCAGUAUGAAGAUCCCGAAACUACAGUCUGCUAUUGCAAACCUUUUGCCUGAAGCAGAAGUAUUGUCAGGUAUCAACCCUGAUGAAGUAAUAGCUAUGGGUUGUGCCCGAGAAGCAGGGUUGUUACUCGAUAUACCUGAAUUUUCAGUAAAUGACAUGAACACUGAAGUGGAGUUCUUAGGAAAAGAUAUUUAUCUGAAGUAUCUAGAUCACACGGUUCACAUCUUUAAAGAAGGAUCUCCACCAUUCAGCCAGAAUAUUUGCAAUAUUGAUGCAGGGAAAGAAAAGGACAUCAGUUUUACUCUACAUGCAGAACCAAAUGGAGAAAAGUUUGCAUCUGAAACGUUUAAUGUUGAGAGCUUGAGCAAUCCUUUUACAUUGAAAGCAACAUUGCAGCAAUCAAAAAUAUUGUUACAAGUUGAGUAAUGGUGUAAAUAAAUAAAGCAUAUUAUUAAA